AUGGCGACGAUCGUACGCGACAUCAUGGGAGUCGCAGGCAAUGCCGUCUCCCUCGGUUUGUUCCUCUCCCGUGUGCCGACGUUCAAGAACAUAAUAAAGAAAAAGGCGGUGGAGCAGUACCUCCCGAUCCCCGAGCUCACGAUACUCUUCAAGUGCAUGCUCUGGGUGUUGUAUGGCCUUCCCAUCGUCCACCCCAACAGCUGCCUCGUGCUUACCAGCAACGCCAUCGGUCUCUUCCUCCAGUCUGUCUACCUCACCAUCUUCUUGAUUUAUGCUGCCCGCGAAAUCCGCCUGAAGGUGCUGAAGGUGUUGGCAGCAGAGUUGGUGGUCAUGACGAUGCUGGUAGUGGUGGUGCUACAGGUAGCACACACGCAUGAGAAGAGGUCGCUCAUCGUGGGGAUCCCCUGUGUCAUCUUUGGCUCGUGCAUGUAUGCGGCGCCGCUUGCAUUUCUGCAAAUGCUGGCGACCGGACGUGACCCGCACGUAUCCUUCGCUCUAUAUGCUACCUGCUGCCUUAAUGACUUUUUCUGGAUGAGAUACGCCUGCCUGCCGCCUCUCGACUUCUACGUCCUCAUUACCAGUUAUUUUGGUGCUGUUCUCAGCCUGGUACCACCGCAACUGUGGACUUGGUGCCUCAUGAUACGACAUACGUUCGAAGUACUUGCUCGUAGAAUACCUUCAAUUUUGUAG